AUACAAGAGGCAGAAAGAGAGGGUAAGAGACAGUGAGAGAGUUACAGAGAGAGAGAUAUCAGGCAAGAGAAAGAGAGAGAGAGAGAGAGAGAGGCAGAGCCCCCUAACUCCAGUGAUUCCCAGACUGGCUGGCUGGCAGCAAGCUCUGUGCUCUGAUCUGCCCGCUCUGAUGGGGUUUCAUGCCCGUGCAGGCAGUGUUGGGGAUCCUGCACUAAUUCCUUCCUAUUGACCAUAUCAGCCUACACAGACGUAAGUCAGGACAGCUAAUCUCAACCUUAUUGGCGUCUAAUGGAUCAACCAAUGACAGUCAAUAGAAUCCAAAAAGGGAGUUAAAAGAAGAUCGAACGCAGCGGCCCAAGGAACGACUGGCAGAUAUGAGAGUGGUACUGGUGUGUGCCCUCCUCUCCCUCCUGUCUUUAUCACACGCCUGUCCAAAGGAGUGUAGCUGCAACAGCAACACUAAAGUAGUAGACUGCCGGGGUCGAGGCCUAUAUGACAUCCCCCGACGACUGCAUCCAGACACCCAAGAACUGUAUCUCCAAGAUAACCGUAUCAGGGGACUGGGAUCAAUGGCGUUUCGCGAAAUACCCCUUGUCCGCAUUCUCGAUCUAUCUAAUAACUCUAUAACAUCUGUUUCACCAACUGCUCUGCUGGGUCUCAGAACUCUACAGCGCCUCAGCCUGGCCUACAACAGCCUGAGAGAGCUUGACAAACGGUUGCUUGGACCUAUCCGCUCGCUUUCACACCUUGACCUCUCACACAACAGCCUGUGGGGUUUGCCUGGAGCCAUAGGGGACAGUUUGAGGAACCUCAGCCACCUGGGCCUAGCGCAAAACAGGCUAACGCGAUUGGACCGUUCCCUGUUGGAGGCCCUGACCCGCCUGGACAGCCUCACACUACGAGGCAACCCCUGGAGGUGUGACUGCCAGCUCAUAGGCCUGAAACUCUGGCUGGAGACCUACCUCUUUAAAGGUGGAGUGGUGGAUGAGGUGCUCUGCUCCCAGCCAGACGACAUGAGGGAGAGAGACCUGCAGAAAGUCCCUUACCAGCUCUUCCAUGCCUGCAUGACCACAAGCUACCAUUACCUUUUUGCUAACAUACACCACCUGGAGUCUGAGAGGCUACUGCGAGGCCACACCCAUGGCAACCAUGCUCAUCCCUCUAGCCACGCUCUCCAUGUCCCCAUGGCAAUGGGGGAGGGUUAUGGCGGAGGGGGAGGAGGAGGAGGAGGAGGAGGGAGUUUGCCAGAGUGUGAACCUAAGCAGAGGCAGCGGCCCGUCAACCUGCGCCACGCCAUUGCCACAGUGAUCAUCACUGGCGUUGUGUGUGGGAUCGUGUGUCUGAUGAUGCUGGCUGCAGCAGUGUAUGGCUGCGCCUACGCAGCUAUCAUGGCCAAAUAUCAGCGGGAGCUAAAGAAGAACGAGGAGUUGGCAGCAGCGCAGGGAGCAGAUCAUGCCACAGCAGAUGAGAAGGAACCACUGGAGAAUGCUAUCGCCUAGGAGAAGAUAACAUGAACCCUGGACAUUAAAAUCUGGGCCUCAACCCUUUAACCUUAUCGUCUCUGGAUGCCGUGUGUGUGUUAGUUCAUGUGUGUUUGUGAGAAAAAAAAAAAGAAGAGAGUGAGAUUCUUUAUGAGUGAGUGUGUUUGUAUGUUCACCUCCUUUCUGAGACUUGGGUAGCUAAAUUCCCCAGGUAUUUGACUAUGCACUGAUGAGAAGAGUAUCUUCUACUGUAUGCGGGUUCGAGGGGCAGGCCAAAGAAUCCAUCCAAUUCCAUUUAGUCUGAGAAAUGCAUAUCACAGAUAUGAACAAAUUGGUAUAUAUUUAUAAUUGUGUAUUUGUAGGUAUAAUAGUAAAGCUCUGGUGUUUAUAAAAUGGA